AUAGAUUUUUGAUUAGUAGAAUGGUGUUCCCUUAGGUAUCAAUAUUAAUACACUUUACCAGUCUCUUGCAAUUCUUGUCGGCAAUGACAGGCGCUCCUUUUGACGGCGGAAUAGUUGGAAACCCAAAUGAUUAUGUUUUUUCUCAAACAGCUUUGGAUAAUAUCAUCACUCAAUUGAUGGAACAAGCUGGAGGAGGAUCAGCUCCUCCACCUGCACCUGACGAUGUUAUAGAAUCAUUGAAAAAAAGACACUUGACAGAUGAAGAAAAGAACACUGAGACGGACUGUGCCGUUUGUAAAGACCGGUUUGGUGUGGAGGAACAAGUGAUUGAACUCCCCUGUGAACAUAUUUUCCAUGAUGAAUGUAUUAAACCAUGGCUGAAAUUAAACAGUACAUGCCCGGUAUGUCGUCAUACUGUAUUACCUGAGAACCCAUCGGAGAAAAAGGAUAAGAACGAUAAUAAUAAUGCCAAUACGCCACAACAACAGCAGCAGUCGACAACAACAUCAGACGCUAAUGGGCCAACGUCCACAACGUCAACAUCGACAUCAACGUCUAUUUCAGCCGAUAACACCACAAGUAAUACUAAUAACACCUCUAAUGAGAAUACCAGCAACAAUAACAGCAACCAAAAUCCCACCACUGAAAAUGCCAACAAUAACAAUCAAAAUCCCACCACUGAAAAUGCCAACAACAAUAAUAACAGCCAAAAUUCCGCAGAGCACCUUGGACGUGGUAUAAGUGCAGCCUUUAGCACUUGGCUAGGCGGUGCUGGGGGAUUUGGAUUUGGUGGCAAUCGUCAUGGAACGAUCAAUAACGGCGACAACAACACAGCUGUCAAUAAUCCUACUCCUUCUGGCUUUUCUUGGUCUAUAAGUACCGGUGAUAAUACCAGUAGACCAGAAAGUAUGAAUACGUUGAGAGGAACAGGCUUCCCAAGUCGAGAACAGCUUCAAGCAUUUCUCGAUAAUAGAUUGAACCGAGUUAGUAAUAAUGCACAGCAACAACAACAACAACAACAACAACAGCAGCAGCAGCAGCAGCAGCAGCAACAGAAUGAACAUAGAGAUGAUAUUGAUCGUCAUUCGAAUGAUGAUCAUAUGGAUUUGGAUCUGGAUUAGCGACCAUAAUUACCGGCUUAGACACAUACGCUUGUAAGCCACUUAUUUACAAUAACUCAAUAUUGUACAUACGUAUAUACACACAGGCGUAUAUAUUUCUCUAUGUAUGUAUGUGUGCAAAAAACAUUCUCGAUUACAUCAUUUGCAGUAGUAGAUACCACAGUAGUAUAGUAGUAUUCGACAGCAAUAAAAAUUUUCAAUACAUAAUUGUGUAAUAUUGGUCUACAAGCAGGGUA